AGGUUGAAAGAUGCAGUCUGUUUGAUUGAAUAUAUGAAUCAAAACGAGCGAGUUAUAUUCAGAGGUACAGGAUUCCAUUAUGGUGAUGGAUGGGUCAUGACAGUGGCCCAUAACUUCCAAGAUGACGGCAAAGAUGACAAAACGUCUCACUCUUAUCUUUCUGAGGGGAAGUUCCGUGUUUUGUUUCAUGUCAAGGGGAAGAAAGAAUAUAAGUUUCCUCAACGUAAGCGGAUGGCGUUUGUUCACCAUUUAAACCCUGCAGAGGAUACCGAUUUUAAGAACAAGGAUAUUUGGAUGGUGAAGCUGGGCAUUCAGUAUGGGGAUGGUCGAAAUCAAGAUGACUACAAUGAUUGGGAAAAGAAGGAAAAAGAAAAGCUUGACGAGAUGUUUCCUGGUAAUUUUGGGCUUGCUCAGGUGUCAGCAGACCCUAAAGAAGAAGAUGACGUGUACGUUGCCUAUUAUCGUGAUGAUAAUGAAAGCAAGUGGGUUAAAGAAAUGAAAAUA